AGUGGGCCUUCGGCUUCGUGGCGAGCCACGGCUCCGACGGCGCCUUGCUGUCGCUGCGGAGUGGCCCAGACGCGGCCGAGACCGUGGACCCGGACAGGCUCUGCGACGGCGCCGCCAACGACAGCGCCGCCUUGUGCGUGAUGCCGGCCUGCGCCCCCGGCGCUCCGGGGGACGCCCGGAGCUGGUUCAUCCGGCCUGCGGCGCCCGGGCAGGUCCGUGCGGUCUUCGCGGACCCGGACCUCCUCGGUGCCGAGCCCGAGGUGCUCGACCUCAGCUUCUUGCCCGUAGGCCGGAUCGUGCUGCAGCUGACAGACGCAUCCGGGAGGAGAUGGACGCGCCGAUGGUCGUGCGCGGCCAGCCCUACCGCCUGUUAGUCACGAUCCUGGACACGUCCGGCGAGGCGCUCCCGCCAGCGACUUGGCGCCCGCUGCAGCUGCGGGUGGCAGUGAACGACUCCCGCCUGGAGGUGGGCGCGCGGGACGGCCCAGAGUUCAUCCCAUGCGGCGGGAACCCUGAUGGAGGAGCUGGCAGGACCUUCGAGCUGGUGGGCACAGCGCCCGGUGUCUUCGACGUCGGGGCUCUCGUGCGCAACCGCGCUGGCGGCGUUCCGGUGGGGCCCGCCGCCGUUGAGAUCGCCGCCGCCGCCGACUUGA